AUGUUGUCCAAACCAGCGAAACGGCAGAAGUUCAUGCCCAAAAAGCUCGCGAGCGAAGGGACGCCUUCCGAAGUUCUCACAUUCGAAGCCGAAGCCCUCCUACGAGUAGGCCAGCAACAGAGCCAAGCAGCGGCAGCAGCAGGACCUACAGUCAACGGAGAUGCCGAUGCCGCUGUGAAAUUCACCAUACCAGAGCCCCAGACAGAACUAGAACUCGAGAUCGAAGAGCUCUCAUCUACAGGCGACGGGCUAGCGUAUUCGACCCACAAGAACCAUGUCUAUGUCGUUCCCUUUUCUGUGCCACGCGACCGGGUUCUCGCCAAAACGUUCCCCCAGAAACCCAACGGUCUAUUCACAUACCUCGACUUCAUCAAAGUGUUGCGUCCGUCGCCGAAACGUGACGGCAUCACCCCCGGAUGCAAGUACUUCGGCGUCUGCUCCGGCUGUCAGCUACAGAUGAUGUCGUACGAGGAGCAGCUGAAGCACAAAAAGACGAUCGUUGAGAAGGCGUUCAAGUAUUUCUCGAAUCUGGAUCCGUCAAGGAUUCCACCUGUCGGGGACACCGUGGGCUCGCCGCUGCAGUAUGGAUACCGGACGAAAUUGACGCCUCAUUACGAUGCGCCUAAGAAACGAGGUGGGAAGAAUAAAAGCAAUGUAGACUCAAAUGUUCUGGCUCCGGCUACGCCUCCGCCUGCUAUUGGGUUCGGUAUCAAAGGGACUCGCAAAGUGAUGGAUAUUGAGUCGUGUCCUAUCGGCACGCCGAUCAUUAAUCGAGGACUGAGGAUCGAGCGGCGCAAGGUCCAUGAGACGUUCAGCCAGCGCAAGAAUGGCGCGACUAUUUUGCUGCGCGAAUCGACGGUGCGCAAGCCCAAACCCCUCAUGGGCGCGGACGCCAGCGAAGAGAAGAACUCUCAACAGAGCGAGAAGAACGUCUCGUCCAACCAGAAUACGACAAAGUCCGAACAGACGCAAGCCGAUUCCUCGUCAGCGAUCAGCUCGUCAACCUCCGCCACCAACGGCAUUUCUACUCCUAACAACCGCAAUAGCAACGGAAACCUCCCCAAUUACGACGCACAAUCAGACACAGUCGACUUCACCGGUCUAUCCACAUGCAUCACACCCCAUCCAUCACCAUUGACCCUCCCACUCCCUCAACCUCUAUCGAUCCAACACCUAACAAAAGAAGAUGGCCAGCCCCAGAUCAUCUACGACUACGACAACUAUCAGGAGAUCAAAACAUAUGCCUCAAACGGAAGUGACUGGACAACCGAACAUGUUGGACAGUUUAAAUUCAUGAGUCGAGCCAACUCGUUUUUUCAGAACAAUAAUUCCAUUUUGGAGACGUUUAUUCGCUAUGUGAGGGAGAAUUGUGUGCCUACUGCUCGCUCCGCUCGCAGUACGAACAAUGCGAGUGCUACGGGCAGUUCGAGCAGUAUGACCAACGCCAACACCAACGGCAUCAGCGGCGCCACCGCCACCCCCAGUCCCCUUCCAAUCAAAUACCUCCUCGACGCCUACUGCGGCAGCGGCCUCUUCGCCGUCUGCCUAUCCCCGCUCUUUUCCUCAGUCCUAGGGAUCGACAUCGACGUGCAAGGCGUCGAAGCCGCCCGUCGCAACGCAGAAGCCAACUCCAUCCCCAACGCCGGGUUUAUCGCCGCCGACGCAGAAUGUCUGUUUGCAGAUGUGCCCUUUCCGCCGGAUCAGACGCUUGUGGUGAUUGAUCCGCCGCGGAAGGGGGCUAGUGUGGAUUUCCUCAAGCAGUUGUGCAAUUUUGGACCGAGGAGAGUGGUGUAUGUUAGUUGUAAUGUGCAUACUCAGGCGAGGGAUGUGGGGAUGUUGGUUUCGGGAUUUGAUGAUGAUGGUACGAAAAAUGGAGGUGGUGCCAAUGAAGAUGGUGGUGUGAAAGGAAAAGGCAAUUGGCGAUAUGAGAUUGAAAGUCUGAGAGGGUUUGAUUUCUUUCCUCAGACGGGACAUGUUGAGGGGGUGUGUUUUUUGACGAGGGUUGAGAAAUGA